AAUCCGUAAGCCUACCUCUGCUUUCCGGAGGGGAGGAAAAAACCUUCCCAGGUAAUUGUGGCUGGGCUGGGUGUGACCCUUAAGAAUGUCAAACAAAGAGAGAGUGGCUGGCUGCUUGUCAUAUCGGAUGAAGAGAGGACUUUACCAUCUGUGGUCAUUUCCCACAGCAAGCACAGCCCUCAGCUGGCGUGGAAACAGCGGCCCUCACCUGCUCUCUCUGACAGCACUGACAGUGGAAAGGGUGGAGGGAUGUUUGACACUCUGUAUGAGUGGUUCUGGUGGGAAAGAAUCUGGCUGCCUGUGAACCUGACAUGGGCUGACCUGGAGGACAGGGAGGGCCGGGUUUAUGCCAAAGCCUCACAUCUCUACGUCACUGUCCCCUACACCUUUGCUUUCUUACUCAUCAGAUACCUGUUUGAAAGGUGGAUAGCAACACCAAUUGCUGUCUCCGUAUGGAUCAAGCAAAGAGUCCAUCUGAAAGCAGAGGACAACCCCAUCCUGGAACAUUACUACAUUACUCAGUGUAGAAAGCCUGCUCAGGCAGACAUUGUUGGGCUGUCUAAGAAAAGCAGUUUGUCAGUGAGACAAGUUGAACGCUGGUUCAGAAGAAGACGCAGUCAGGACCUUCCUGGGGUCCUAAAGAAGUUCAGAGAGGCCAGCUGGAGGUUUGUCUUCUACCUGUUGGCGUUCAUCGGAGGAAUAGUAGCACUAUACGAUAAAGAAUGGUUUCAUGACACUCGGGAAGUGUGGACAGGUUUUCCAAACCAGUCCAUGCUGGAGUCUCAGUACUGGUAUUACAUCUUGGAGAUUAGCUUCUAUGGCUCUCUUCUCUUAAGGGUUGCCUUUGAUGUCAAAAGAAAGGACUUUAAGGAGCAAAUCAUCCACCACUUGGCCACACUGGUCCUCUUAUCAUUUUCCUGGUGUGUCAACUACAUUCGUAUUGGAACGCUGGUGAUGGUUGUCCAUGAUGCCUCUGAUGUUUUAUUGGAGUUUGCCAAAUUAUCCAACUACGCCAAAUGGGAGAAAACCUGCCAAAGUCUUUUUGUUUUGUUUGCCAUGGUGUUUAUGGUAACACGACUGAUCAUCUUCCCACUCUGGCUGAUUCACUGUACCUGGGUCUACCCCAUUCAACACUACCCUGCCUUCUUUGGCUACUACUUCUUCAACGUGAUGCUGGUGGUCCUCCUCUGUCUGCACAUAUUCUGGGCCUACCUCAUUCUCUGCAUGAUCCGAAAAUUCAUGUUUGGCACUCUGACCAGAGAUGAGAGAAGUGACAUUGAAGAAGAAGAAGAGGAAGAGAGCAGCUUGACAGAGGAUGAAUGUAAGGACCAUCACAAGCUUGGCAAUGGAUUGGCAGUUGGUGAGAAGAAGGACAAGAGAAAUGGCUUUCGGUGCUUGUCUCCACCAGAGAACAACUGCCGGUCAAAGACUGUGUGCUGACUUGUGCUCAGUAUGAUCACUAGAGCCAGAGAGAUGUGAGAAAUAGAACAAUGGCAAAUACAUUCAUCCAAUAUGGACCAAAAAUCAAGCAUAACGUGAUGUGAUUUGUUUCUUCCGAUGCUGGAACACAAAGCCCAGAAACUUGCUUGCUGUUAUCACAGUGCUUUGAACUGCACACACGUACAGUGAGAGACUUGAGCCGUAUUUGCACAGGACUAGUAUUACCAGGGGACCUCAUAUGAUUCACAAAUAACUCCCCCACAUCUGUGCUUCGUGCAGCUCAUUUGCACGGGAUAAGCAAAGUGUGUAUUUGAUUCAGAAAUCAAGAAUUGCUCCACCACAUAUACUGUCAAGGCUCUG